CGUACGAUACUUCGCGGCGACAUCGGCGCCGCAACCCCUGAACACGAUCAGUCGCGUUUCGAACCGCACACGUACACGACGCUCGCUUCCCAGCUUACCCAUAUACACACACGGCCAAGCUGCACAUCCACACACGCCGCCACAUCAUAAUAUUAUUGUAAUAUUAUCAUCGUUGUUCACUUCUAUACAUCCGAUCAGCCGGCUUCAGCUGCUGCUGCUGCAGGAGUUCUCCCGUCGCCGAUAUUAUAACCGUGCAACUUUGUUGCCGCACUGCCCGAUUGUUUUUUUAAAAAGAUUUUGAUCACAAAAGGCUAUGCAAUGAUGAGCAUUGGCGAAGAAUUGAAAUCCACCAUGCCGUCCUUCAUGCAAUUCUGCUCCAGAGUUGACCAAGGAAACGUACAAGAAGACUGGUGGACCGCCGGAUCUGACGCAGAAGCGUUCGCUCACAGUCAUAAGGAAGAAUGGCUAUCGGACUCGGACAGUCAAAAUACGAUUAUUUGCAGCACGACUAGCUCGUCGCCCGGACCUUCGUCGUUGUUGUCCACUUCUACUGGGGGUGGCCAGAAAGCCGGUUCGUCCAAAGCCAAGCAGGGCGGUCGAUCCAAAGACACGCCGGCCGGACAAAAACCUGCCCAAGUGGUGGCUAGACGGAACGCACGCGAGAGACGCCGAGUACAGGCUGUCAACUGGGCAUUCGCCAGACUCCGGAAAGUCGUUCCUUUAGAAGAAAACAAAAGUAAGAGGAUGAGCAAAGUUAAGACUCUACAAAUGGCCAUUGAAUACAUUAACCAAUUGCAAGGUGUUCUAUCAUUGCAGAGCCAGAGUCCACUACAUAAUAAUCACCCUGAACCAGAACAUCAUCAAUUGCUAACGACGGCCGACAUCAAUCUGUUCUCCGACAUACAGUACAAGAUCGAACCUGGCGAGCUUCAAUUUCGCAUGCCUCCCAAUUUCUACACCCAACUAUUGACUGAUCAUCAAAAUUGACAUGGAAAAUUUCGUGCUAAUUUUCAUUAAAAAUUUUCAUUCAUCGUGUAUUAUUAAAGUUAAAAAUAAUUGUCUACUGGCUUAAAUCAAUCGUAAAUGACGAGAGUAUCUAGCCUAUUUGUUUCUUUUAUUAUUAUUAAUAACAUCAUUAUUAUUAUUAAUAACUUCAUUAUUAUUAUUAUUAUUAUCAUUAUUAUUAUUAUUAUUAUUAUUAUUAUUAUUAUUAGACAAUGAUAUUUUGUUUUUGUCACGGUAAAUUUUCUUCUAAACGUGUUAUUGCCACUUUACAACAGAUUAUUAUAAUUAAGGUGGUCAAAUACUGUAAUGAUUACGAAUUGUUUUAUUCGAAUUUCAACAUUCAUUUUUUUUUUUUUUAUAUAUGACUUCAUAAUAUUUAUUAUGUUUUUGUUAACUUUUGUUUGUACAUUUUAAAGUCUAGUCAUUACGCUUUUAAGUUGAUUACGAUUAGGUACACUUUUUUCUCUUUUUUUUUAUCAUUAUCUUUGAAGGUGCCUUUUCUCCGCAGCGGCAAACAGUGAAACAGCUAAAACAGCUAAACUCCACGUCUAGACGCUGCAGAGAAAACGUACCUUUAAUAAUAUUCAUAAUAUGAAUAUCAUCUAAAUUUACCGUAUAUUAUAUUGCUAAAUUAUAAAACUAUUAUUUUAUUAUUUUCGUAAUUUUUUUUAUAUCAAUGAAAUUUUAAUUACUUUUGUACCCAUUAUAUUUAGCAAAUAUUUUUUUAAGGUAUUUUUAUAACGAAUUUUUUACUUUUCUAAAAUAAUGUUACCUACUUAAGUAAAUAUAGAUUAUUAGGCUAUGACUAUCGACUUUUUGAAAUUGCUCAUUUGAAAACCGCCACAGGGAUAAAAGUUUAAAUAUUUUUAAACGUUUUGUUGAAUUAUAUGUAAUUUAUAAUGCUCCUGUCUGUACAAAGGCAUAUUGUAUUAUUUUUUAAGUGCCUUAUUUCCAUUUUAGUGUUAAGUUUAUAUUGUAAAUUAUUUUUACUAUAAAAAAUAUAUUUUUUUUUUGUACAUACCAAAAA